AUGGAUAAACAGUCAUCUCAUGUCGAUUUGCCUGCCGAGGAUUCUCAAAGUCUUAGUGCUUCAUUGGCAUCGGACUGUAAGACCCAGCCUCGAUUUGUUGCGAAAGAACGAGCAACCCUGGAAGCGCUGGGCGAGGACGACCACGACAAUCAGGCCGCCUGGAAAGAGAAGGCAUUCAAAGUGGAAGAUGUGGAGGGAGUGAUGGAGUACCUCCGUCAGGCGAUCGAGGAUAACGACGCCCUGCUCCAUCAGGCUGCGGCAGUCCUGAGACCUGGAGUGCCAGCUCCAGACAUAAUCAACCUUGCAGAAGCCAUCUGCGCAGAGCUCGAACUUGCGCAAGAGAACUCUCCAUACCCUGAGGUCCGGUCUUGUGUUGACCCAUUUGACGAUCCCACGAUACCAGUCCUCACAUUCCGGUUAGUUUUACAGCCAUCUAGUCAAGGAGGGUCAUUAUUUACUAUGCUUGACUUCAGGAUGUGGACAAUCGGUAUCCUGCUAGUAUGCAUAGGUACCGGUGUGAAUCAAUUUUUCGCACAGCGCAUGCCAAGUAUUGGACUAAGCGUCACCUCGGCACAGCUGGUGGCUUAUCCGCUUGGAUGUAUGAUGGCCAGAUACCUACCAAAAAACGUCAUCCGUAUUCAAAAUCACUCAUUCACGCUCAAUCCCGGCCCUUUCAAUAUGAAGGAACAUAUGCUAAUCAGUAUUGCGACCGACAUCAUUGCCGUGCUUAGAAUCAAGCGGUUCUUCAACAAUUCUGCUUUGGCUGAAAAGAUUGGCUUUCAAUUGACAUUGGUGUUGAGCUCACAGCUGAUUGGGUAUACUUUAGCUGGUAUGACGAGAAAGUUUCCCGUUUACCCACCAGCCAUGCACUUGACUUGCUGCUCAGAUUGCGUACGGAAUCUGUCAGUUGCUCUCUUCGUAGUAUUAAGGCAGCAAGAAUAUGUCUCACAGACUUGUUUUUGCCCUGCAGACUACAUACUACCAGGUGUCUUCUUUCAAAGUCUCUCAUUUUUCAAGUAUGUGAUAUCUCACGAAUGUACACUGGUUUUCGCUAGCUCUGAUGCAUUGGAAGUUAGCUGGACAACAUGGAUUGCACCCCACAACGUCAAAUUGUCUCUGAUAACAGGAACUGUCAGCGGUCUUGGUCUUAACCCCGUACCUACCCUCGAUUGGAGUUUCAUGGCUCUGGAUCCGAUUAUUAUACCACUUUGGUCCAUUGUAGGUUUUCAAGUCUCCAUUCUGGUGGUUGAGAUAUAUAUCAAACGGCAACUCUAUCCUCAGAUAAACGUGUACGCGGGGGCUUGUGGUGGCUUCUUGGCUAUCAGCGCAAUAUACUUUAGAAACAUCAGAUUCACGUCCUAUUUGCCUAUCAAUACAUGGGGUGUAUUUGAUCAAUACGGAGCUCCGUACAACACUAGCAUGGUCCUUGAUGGUUCAGGUAUCCUUGAUCAGGUUAGCUUGUCAAGCAUCCGCAGAACUGAUACCAGAGGCAAUUAUCUAACGAUACUCCAUUUUUCAAAGAUUUCCGUCAACAAGGUUGAUUCUGGGAGGGUUACUCAUGAGAACUGUUUGCGAUCCUUGCUAGCUACACCGUGUUCUUUGCAUUGUACAGCAGUAAUGUUGUUCACGCAGCGCUGUAUUACCGCAGUCAGCUACAUUUUCAAGAAGUUGCGAAGAACCAACGGAGAGAGGCGUCCAAAAUCCAGCAUACAAGAAGAUACAAUGUAUGGCGGCGUCCACUGCCGCCUUAUGCAAGCGUAUCCCGAAGUGCCUGAAUGGUGGUUCAUGCUUGUUGGAGUUGUCUCCAUCAUGAUGGCCAUUUUUCUACUCAAAUACUAUGAAUCCGCAAUGCCUACCAUGCCAAUCUGGGGUUUGGCCUUCUCCUUCGCUAUCGCUUUGGUCCUCAUAGUGCCAAUUGGAAUCAUGAGCGCGGUAUCUUCGGCAUCUGCUACACUGAAUGUCCUGUCAGAGUUUGUGGCCGGGUAUGCUUUGGUUGGCCGUGAUGCUCUGCAAAAGUAA